UUAUCUUUAUAUUACUAUUUAUUUUGUGCUUUUUCAUUAUUUUUUUAUACAAAAGGUCUUGCCUUGUCGUUGCCAGAAACUCUAAAGUCAAUUGGUAUUACUAGGGAAGGGGAUAAGUGCAGUGGUUUCGCGUUGCCUUUUGUACUGGGGACAUGGUGCUUUUUGCCACCGUAAAACAUACGUAUCACCCAUCCGUACACUACGGUGGCAGGCGUGGCUUAACACUAGAGUUUUGUCAACAUCUAGUGUGUCCACCGCCCCGUUCAUAUUUUUUACAUUUAUACUACCAAAAUGAGAUUAAAACGACACCAAAAAGCAGAACGUAAUAUUAAUUUCUAUUGUGUUAACUUUGGCUUUAGAAAACCUUUUCAAAUACUAGUUGAUGGUACUUUCUGUAUGGUUUCAGCACAGAAUAGAGUUCAACUACGAGAAGAUUUACCCAAAUAUUUAAAUGGCGAGGUUAAACUAUUAACUACGCAAUGUGUUAUAAUUGAAACAGAAACUCUAGGUCCUACUGUUAGGCCAGCAAUGCACAUAGUAAAAUCUUUUGGUAUACAUAAAUGUGGACAUAAUAAAAAGCCUAUUUCUGGAGCCAAUUGUAUAAUUUCAAUGACGAAAGACAAUGUAAACACUAGGUAUAUAGUUGCUACUCAAGACAAAUCACUACAAAAUAUUUUAUAUAAUAUUCCUGCUGUUCCAGUAAUGUAUUUCAAUGGAUUAAGUAUUGUACUUAAAUCUCCUUCACCUGAGUCUCUUAAUUUAGCUAAUCAAAGAAAGCAAUCUCGAUUUCAGUUGACAGAUCAUGAGAGUAAAGUGUUAACUCAUAUGAAAAGUUCAUCAAUCUCUGUUAAAAUUCCUUCAAAUGAAGAUUCUACCAGUUAUCCAGGAGUUUUUAAAAGAGCCAAAGGUCCAAAUCCUUUAUCAUGUAAAAAAAAAAAAAAAAAAUCAGUCGAUGAAACUAUUAUACCAAAAGUAGGAAAUUCUACUAAAAGAAAAAGGCACAGAGUCAAAAUACCAAAACAUGUUAUAGAAGAAUUAAGGAAUAAGGCUUGUGAUUCAUAAUUUACAUGAUAAUUUUUCAUUAAUACCUAUGUUAAUUGAUAACAAUUUAUGGUUUAAAAAUUUUGAUAUUGUUAUAAAAAUGUCGCAUUCUUAUUUUAAAUAAUUCAUGCAAUUAUUC